CACGGUCACAUUGCGACCAGCUGAUCGCCGCGUGCGGUUUUUCUUUUGGCGAUUUUCCUUAUUUGGCUUUUGUUGUUUUGGGCCGCCGGUACCGCUUAGCACUCCGUCUCUCUCGCACUAUCUCCCUCUCUGUCUCUAUCCCACCAACGGCACCGCUAUGGGCAAGAACAACAAGCGCAACAAGAAGGCCAAACAGCAACAGCCACAACAAAACGGAGCCACUGCACCUUCAUCUACUUCCGGCGAGGAUGUGGAGGACCAACAGGCGGCAAGGUCAUUGCCCAGUUUAAACUCAAAAAAGAGGAACCAGGUGAACAAACUAGUGGAGGAACUUAAUGAUCUUGUGAAAACGCAACCGGCGAAUCCCAACGAGGAAUGGAAGCAGUACGAGCAGAUGCAGCAGCUUCUGAAACAAAUCAUGAUCCUGGAGGAGCCAAUUAGCCAGGCAGUCUGUCCACAGAUCAGCGACUCUACCGAUGAGCACUCCCGUUUGGCCAAAGUCGAAGCCUUCAGUGCGUGGGCCAAAGAGGGAGGUGUCCAUAGCGAAGGACUCGAGAUAGCCAUCUUUCCCGGUUACCAGCUGGGUCUAAGGGCCACCCGGCAACUGACCAAGGAGGAACUGGUGCUCAGUGUGCCUCGGAAACUCAUAUUCAUGGCUCAGGCCACCCACUUGAAUCUCGCCUACGAUCUGCUCAUCGAGAAGAUUCGCGGCGAGCAUAGCGAGUGGCAACCGUACAUUGAUGUCCUUCCCGCCAAAUACAACACCGUUCUGUACUUCACCACGAAGCAGAUGGAGCGGCUCCGGGGAACCGCCGCCUGUUCGCUGGCUUUGCGUCAGUGUCGUGUGAUUGCCAAGCAGUUCGCCUUCCUCUACAGGUAUGCCCACAUCCUGACCGAUGCGAGCAAAGGAAAAACCAACCAGCCUGGGGAAAAAGGCCUCUUCUUUACGCAGCGCGGACUCUGCUACAAGCUCUACAGAUGGGCCGUAUCCACCGUGAUGACCCGGCAGAAUCUGGUGCCCAGUGAAAAACAGGAACCGGAUAGCAGUCCCAAGUUCAUCUCGGCCUUGAUACCCUAUUGGGACAUGGCGAACCACAGACCGGGCAAGAUCACCUCCUUCUAUGCCGCCGUUUCCAAGCAACUGGAGUGUACUGCCCAGGAAGACUGUGCCGCCGGCGAGCAGUUUUUCAUCUACUACGGCGAUCGGUCGAAUACCGAUCUUCUAGUCCAUAACGGCUUUGUGGACGUGAACAACCUCAAGGAUUAUGUUAAUAUUCGCGUAGGCCUGAGUCCCACGGACCCACUGGCCGCGAAGAGGGCAAGCAUUCUGGAAAAGCUCAACAUCCGGCAUACUGCAGAGCUGCGCGUUCUCCCAGCGCCAGAUUUCAUCUCUAAGGAGCUGCUGGCCUUCGUUCGGGUGUUCAAGAUGAGCGCUGAACAGCUGGACCAUUGGUGCAGCGACUUGGAACGAGCGGGUGACCUGCUGCACAUCGAUUGCGCCCUAGAAACGGACCACGAAACAAGAACCUGGCAGUUCUUGGAGGACAGAUUGAAGCUGCUUCUGGCAGUCUUCGAUAAGGAAAUGAGAGAGGCAGACGAAAUAAAGGAGCUGUCUGAGCUGGAGCUCAAGAAGGAGGGCAAAGCCGACCAAGAGAUCGAGAUCAUGCUGCUGCUGUACCGCCGCCUGGAGAGAAGCAUCCUCGCCGGAGCCCUGCAAUACGCCCAGGAGCAUCGCAAGGUCUAGGGAUAAAGUGAAGCCCUACCCUGAAGCACAUCACCCACACAAUUCGAGUGGCCAUCGAAAGCGACAUCAAUAACUCAGCAUUAGCAAUUAGCUACCAUUUUUUUUUUUUCUACCUUUACUUAACUUAUUUUAACCGAAAGUUUUAGUCGAGUGUUUUAGAAGUUGGAUACCAAAUCAAAGGAUAAUUCUACAAGGAUCGAUUGUUGUAGAUAUCGAGCUACGGAAUACUCUGCUCGAAUUUACGCUCGUGUUCGUCUAGUGUUGUCUGCCCAAUCUAGUUUAUAGCGUUUAAUUGUUUUAUGUUUGUUUAUUUUUUUAUUAAUUUAAUAAUAACAGUUUUAGUAUUUUGGAAUUAAAGAAUGAAGUCAAACUAA